GAGGCGGCCGGACCGCCCCGCGCCGCCGGGCACGGUGUGCGGGCGGGGGGGCAGCUCCGCCGCCCGCCGCCCCCCCCGCCGCGCCAUGGAGCUGGAGAACAUCGUGGCCAACACGGUCCUGCUCAAGGCCCGCGAAGGAGGCGGUGGCAAGCGGAAAGGCAGGAGCAAGAAGUGGCGGGAGAUCCUCCGGUUCCCGCACAUCAGCCAGUGCGAUGAGCUGCGGAAGGGCCUGGAGCAGGACUACGGCAGCCUGUGCCAGAAGCAGCCCAUCGGCCGGCUGCUCUUCCGGCAGUUCUGCGAGACGCGGCCGGAGCUCCGGCGCUGCAUCCGCUUCCUGGACGCCGCGGCGGACUACGAGCUCUCCCCGGAUGAGAAGAGGAAGGAGGUGGGGAAGGAAAUCAUCCGCCGGUUCCUCAAGCAGGAGUCCCCCGAUUUCCUGCCCGAGGUGGGCCAGCCCCACGCCAGCCGGUGCCUGCAGGACCUGCAGAAAAGCCCCUGCAAGGAUCUCUUCAGCAGCUGCCUGCGCCCCCUGCACGAAUACCUGAGCGGGGACCCCUUCGCCGACUACCGGGCCAGCAUGUAUUUCGACCGGUUCCUGCAGUGGAAAUACCUGGAGAGGCAGUCGGUCACCAAGGACACGUUUCGGCAGUACCGGAUCCUGGGCAAGGGCGGUUUUGGGGAGGUGUGUGCCUGCCAGGUGCGGGCCACGGGGAAGAUGUACGCCUGCAAGAAGCUGGAGAAGAAGCGGAUCAAGAAGCGGAAAGGGGAGGCGAUGGCCCUGAACGAGAAGCAGAUCCUGGAGAAGGUCAACAGCCGGUUCGUGGUGAGCCUGGCGUACGCCUACGAGACGAAGGACGCGCUCUGCCUGGUGCUGACCAUCAUGAACGGCGGCGACCUCAAGUUCCACAUCUACAACAUGGGCAACCCCGGCUUCGAGGACGAGCGCGUGGUUUUCUACGCGGCGGAGAUCUGCUGCGGGCUCCAGCACCUGCACCAGGAGGGCAUCGUCUACCGGGACCUGAAGCCGGAGAACAUCCUGCUGGACGAUGAUGGGCACAUCAGGAUCUCCGACCUGGGGCUGGCUAUCAAGAUCCCCGAGGGCGAGACCAUCCGCGGCCGCGUGGGCACCGUCGGCUACAUGGCCCCGGAGGUGAUCAACAACGAGCGCUACACCUUCAGCCCCGACUGGUGGGGCCUGGGCUGCCUGGUGUAUGAGAUGAUCGAGGGGCAGUCGCCCUUCCGCGCCCGCAAGGAGCGGGUGAAGCGGGAGGAGGUGGAGAAGCGGGUGCAGGAGGACCAGGAGCUGUACUCGGACAAGUUCAGCGAGGAUGCUCAGGCCAUCUGCAGGAUGCUCCUGGCCAAGGACCCCAAGCAGCGGCUGGGCUGCGGGGCCGACGGGGCGGCCGAGGUGAAGUGCCAUCCCUUCUUCAGGACCAUCAACUUCAAGCGCCUGGAAGCUGGCAUCAUGACACCCUCCUUCGUGCCGGACGUAAGGCGCAGGCCCCGGGCGGUUUAUUGCAAGGACGUGCUGGACAUCGAGCAGUUCUCGACGGUGAAGGGCGUCAACUUGGACCAAACCGACAACGAUUUCUACGCCAAGUUCGCCACCGGCAGCGUCUCCAUCCCCUGGCAGAACGAGAUGAUCGAGACCGAGUGCUUCAAGGACCUCAACGUCUUCGGACCCAGCGGGACCCGCUCGCCCGACCUGGACUGGAGGCAGCUGCCCGAGCCCCCCAAGCGCAGCCUCCUGCAGAGGCUCUUCCGGCGCCAUCCAGCCGACUACACCAUCGGCACCGCCAUCCACCCCCCCGCCCCGGCUGCCGUGAACUCGCACCCUCCCGCAGCCAACUCCUCCUGCCGAGCCCCGGCCACGGUGCCGGCACCGUCCUGACCCCUCUCACCGUCCUGGGGGAGCCGCCGGGGACGAGCAGCCCCCAGCCCCUGCCCCGUGCCCCCUCCGGGUGAUCUCGGGCCAGCGUGGGGGCCGGGGGCUCUGGGGGUGCCGGAGCAGAGGGAUGCUGGCACGGGGUGAUGGGGGGGGCAAUGGGGCAGGAGCAGAACCUGCCCAACCCCAACCUUGGCAGCUCCCUGGCCCCUUUUCCCCAACCCUGCAGCACACCCGGCCUGUUCCGGGGGGGGGGUCCCCCUGCAGGACCACCCCCAGCCGCUGCCAGGGGAAGGGGCCAGGGCAGGGACCUGUUUUUGCUGUGUUUGAGCCCGUUAUCUUAUCGCCAGCUCGGUGUUCGACCUCUGCAGGUGCUGGGGUGGGGGUCGGGCUGUGGCUUUAUCUGCGCUCUCCAAAUAGAACCAAAGGCAGCCUUGGAAUGGGGGGGACACCCCUGGCUCUCCCCAGCCAUGCUGCAGCAGGAGGGAUGGGAUCACCCCGACAGAGCGCCCACCCCCCCCGGGGCAACACAGCCUCCCCUCUCCUGCUCUGGCCACCACAAUGUGAAACGGGCUCAGAGAAGGGAAUUUUCUCAAGUGGGGGUGGGCGUGGGGCCGGGGGGGGGCUCCCCCUGUCCUCAGGGGUCAGCUCAGGGCAGCCUCGGGGUGCCCCAGCCUUGCAUGGUGCACGUGGGCUGGGGGGGCCGUGCUGCGGGUGCCGGGGGCCCCGUGCCUUUGGGCCCCGGGGAAUCUCUGCCUCCUUUGGUUUACAUUCGAUCCAGGUUUGUACAUUUGUAAACAAGUUGUAAAUAUUUGUGCGUUGAGCGCCGGGAUGUACAUUUUUAAGCUAAAAGCUGCAAACGGAG